AUGGUCACCAGCACAUCUCUCUCGCCGAUGGAGUCGGCCCCAUCCUUUCCCGCAUCGCCUUCAUCCGGUCCCCGAAAACGCUCUAUUCACGAGAUUGAUGAUGUCCAAAUACCCUCGCCAACUGCGAAGCGACCAUUGACCGAAUUCGCCGGCGAAAACCAAGAAAAUUACGAUCCAUCCUUUACCUCCCAAACUGACGCCAUCACUUCCCCGCCAGUUGAAAUCAAGCGUACCCUUCCUCCUCCCCCUUCGGUGGAAAUCGUGAUGAGAAAAACACGUAAACAAGAUGAAGAUGGAGCUGGUUCCGGGGGGUCAGUAUCCCCGGGCACCAAUGCUACCUCUAAUGAGCCUAAUGCCCCGGCCUCCAAGAAACGCAAGGUAGUCUCUGCUGGCACAGAUUCCAAGCAACAAGAAAAAGCGGCCAAGGAACGCCAAAAAGCUGAGGAAAAGGCGAAGAAGGAGGAAGAGAAGGUAAAGAAGGAGGAGGAGAAAGCCAAGAGAGAAGAAGAGAGACGCCUCAAGGCAGAAGAGAAAAAGAAGCGCGAUGCUGAGCGCGAAGAGGAGAAACGACACAGAGAGGAAGAAAAGCGCAAGAAAGAUGCUCAACGUGAAGAGGAACGCAAGCAGCGUGACGAAAAGAAGAAGGCAAAGGAAGACGAAAAGGCUGCUAAGGAAGAAGAGAAGCGCAAAAAGGACGAGGAGAAGGAGAAGAAGACUCGAUCACAAUUGAAAUUGAACUCCUUCUUUGCCAAACCACCGCUGCCUUCUACUUCGUCAGGACAGGUGAUCACAGCUCCUUCGCCUAAGAAACCAUCUACUAUAGCCGAUUGCUCUCCCGAAACUCGUAGCGUGCAGUCGGACUAUGAGCGAGAGUUUCCUGCUUUCUUCUUGCAAUCUCAUACCGUUGUGGCACCUCCCCAUCGGUUUGAGCGUGAUCCCGAAUCCCUCAAGCACGUCCACGAAGUGAUAGAUAAAUAUCUACACAACGAAACCCCCAUCCAAAUACAUCCAUUCCGUCCGUCAGAAGUCUUCCAAAUAAUCCCCUUCCGUCGUGGACGUCGGCCAACGACCUCUGUCAGGGACAUACUAUUGCAGCUACAAAGAUCCGAAGAUUCAACUCAGACUCAAAAUCAGACCAUAAUGCCAUCUCCGAAGCCACAAGAACUUCUACGCAAGGUCGCAAUGAAGUCUCUCAAAUUUGGUGAGGACAUACGCCCUCCAUAUCAGGGAACUUAUACCCGGCGCGUGUCUGAGUUAUCCACGAGAAGACUCGCACGAAAUCCCUAUUACCGAGGCCUACCGGAUACCGAUUAUGAUUAUGAUUCUGAGGCGGAAUGGGAGGAACCCGAGGAGGGUGAAGAGCUAGACUCUGAAGAAGAAGAUGAAGGCAGUGAUGAUGGCGAGGAUGAUCUCGAGGGUUUCCUGGAUGACGAGGAUGAUGCCCUUGCUGAGGGCAAACGGCGACUCAUAGUUGGUGAUUUAGAGCCUGUUUCUACUGGAAUUAAGUGGGCUUCUAAUGGGGUCGAGCCUGAAAUGGAGGCCUAUCGGAUGGAGACUAUAUCCGAUACGGUCAAGCUCCCCAUCGACCCCUUCUCGACAGCAUACUGGGAGAAACCCAAGCCUGUGGAUCAAGCUCCUGCAAAAGCGCGACCCACAACAGCGAUAGACGGUUUCCUUGUUCCUGCAGUCCCUGGACAAAUGACGGGCAGUGCUUUACCUCCUACUUCGAAAGCGAAACGACCGUUCCCGCCAGACCAACUUGCCGAUUUCAAGGAAGCAGUUGAAGGCAGUGAUCUCAGUAAGAUUGGGUUGGUCGAGAUCUUAAAGAAACGAUUCCCCAAGGUGUCUAAGGAUACACUCAAAGCCACCCUCGAUCAAGUUGCUGCUCGUGUCGGGCAAAAAGAAGUUGACAAGAAAUGGGUUUCCGAGCAAAUACUUGCUUUCCCCAAAGCUAAUACACCAUGUGACUUGUCGCAUCGGGCGCAAGAUCCCACAUAUGUGCCUUUGCCUCCUUCACCUCCGGGAUCGCCCAUGUCGUCACUUGAAUCGUUGAAUGGAGGUGAGUUGGGCUCGGGCCGUGCCAGUCCCAUGGUAGAGGCCACUUCCAAUGGACACAAUCCCGGGCCCACAACGGCUUCUAUACCUGCGCUUGUGGAUGUCCCACAAAUAUCAUUCGAGGAUUUGGCCACUCUUUAUCACCAGAACCAGCGCAAACAAGCCCAAAGGAAGCGACUGGAGAAGCGCCUGCGUGCCACCAAGGUGUCUAUUGGCGUCUCUGCCCGUAUGAUUCGUGUCGGGCUGACUGCACAGCGGGGUCUCGUUGAAGCUCUCCGCCAUGAUGACAAGGCCAGUUUCGUUACUCUCUAUCAUACACUUCAAGACCUCCAGGAAUCAUGCCCUUCAUCUGCUCCUAACGAUAGCCACAAUGACUCCAUGGACGGGGAGCUAUCCUUAGGAACUGACAUUGGCCGUUUGCCGGAUUUCCUUCAUCAGCUGAGCCCCCAGUCGCGGACGGACUUCUUGGAAAUUUUGCGGCUGGUCCGCUCUGAUCCCCAGUUUUUGGUCGACCGGUUACAAAGCCUGUCUUCGUCCCAAUUGGCUGCUUUUACUUCUCCAGCCACUAUUUUGGAUACCAAUGAUCCCGCGUUCCCUUCAACUUCCCGGGCUCGGGCCCAGUCUUUCUUAAACAGGAGCCAGGCUCAGUCCGCUGCCUUUAAGGAUCACGCAUAUGCCUUUGAGAGGACUGACCCGCUAUCUAUACUGCUGUUUAAUGUUUUUGCUGCUCCUUUGGAUCCGGAGACGCCUGAAUCCCGUUUGCGUUUGGAAGUGUGGUCGUCUGUCUGCGCUCAACUAAUCUCCAACGGAAGUAGUAGAUACUAUCCUCUCAUCGGCCAGAUCCUUUCUUCCUGGACUACCGGCAGCACUUGGAAAGCGCGCCCCAAAUUUGAACUUUACUUAAUGGACAUUUUACAAACCGGUGCUUUUCUCCUAGAGCCUAUAGCCACACCACCCGGGUUGGAUUUUGCCAUGGAUUCUCUGGACCCCAUGCGAACGGAUGUUGCAGAGGAAUUCUUUGCUUCUGCCGUGGAUGACUUGUUCUGUGUACUUGAUGACCCGGAUGGCGGCUUUCCUCAGGCCGUGCUCCAGUUUGCAAAGGCCGUUUUGCGGAAGCUGGAUAAUCCCGAGGCUAGCAGUCGUUUCUUGGAGUUUUUAUUCCUCCAGUGGUUCUUUUCAAAGUUCCUAUAUGGCGCAUUGACGUAUCCUGAGACCCACGGACUGCUUUUAGACUUCCAUAUCAGAAAAGAUGCUCGCGAGAAAUUGCUGAACCAGGUUGGGCAUCGCGCCUACGCUCAAGUCUUUGCUGUUUUGCGUUCAAUGCAUCAUUUCUCAAUCCCUCGUCCGACAAUCAAGGGCCGUGUUGAAAAUAUGCUCUCUCGGUUUCAUAACACGAUGUCGCCGAAGGUAUCGGCAGACCCUUCUAUUCCCUCUUCACACACGCCACUUCCUUAUCAACGAAAAUCUGCUUCAACUUUCCUAAUGAUGUCUGCUUUGGAUGUUCUCACACUCCUAGACGCUCUUUUUCAACAGAGUCCCUCUUCAUUGCAUUCUUCACCAGCCUCUACGGGAGUUCAAUUUUGGCCAUCCAGUCAAUCACCAUCUAUCAACAUUCGGCCAGACUCAAUUUCGGAUUCUGGAUUCACUCGUUUCAACCAAAAUACAAGUUCAAACCCUACAUCACAUAAUGGUUCCAUCUUUUCGGUGGAAACUCAUUCUAUCUCAACGCCGGAAAAUAGCCUGUCUGAAAAGGCUGCUCGCAUUCGAUUCGAGUUAACUGAUUUAGAUCAUCCUAAUGAGCGGUUGAGCUUAGAGCACCCCUCCGGCGAGCAUUGGACCAUCUUCUCGGUUGCAGCAGACGGCCAUGGCUUAACUUGGAGUCUCCUCCCAGAUACCAGAUAUGAAACGUCAAAAGGCCCGAUAAUUGAAAGUGAAGAUGACGCGCACUCCACGACGCUAGGACUGGAGGAAAAUCACGAAGCAUUACAGACAGCGAUAGUUCGACUUGUCAAGGAGAACCGCAUUCAAGAUGCGGGCGACUAUGGGUUUCUUUCACACCAUACUACGCAGCCAGCAGCCAUGUCCUUAAAGCAGCGGUUCAACGAAGCGAUGUUCUGCUGCCAUCAUGACUCUGAUUUUGUUGGUGCACACUACUGGUGGAAUGCUUCACGGCAACUUGGGCAACGAGGAACACCUAGCUCGUCGGGGGCCACAGACGAUUCAUGGAUUUUAGGCCCGAUGCAUGAGAAUUAUAGUCGCUCACUGAACCAAUCACGAGCUAUCAUUGAGCGUUGCGAGAGCGACUUUGUGUCUCUCGAUCACAGUCUCCGCCGACUCCAAACUCAAGUGAAAGACAUGACAGCCACUUUUUGCAAGAUCCGAGACAAGAUGUGGUACAUGAAUGACGUCAAGAAUUCUAUAAGAUAUGAGGAGGCUAAACAUGUGGCUAUGGCUUUGAAAACGAUGAUCUACUCGGCCCGACUCUUCAGCCAAUUCCCUGAAGAGCAACGUUCUCGUUAUGGGGCGAAGUCUUUGGGCGGUUCCUUGUUCCAGAAACCCGAAGUGCAAGUUAUGAAUAUGAUGAAGGCACCCAGCAGCCAGGGUGGACCAAAUAAGCUUUCUGACGAGCAAGUCGAGCUGACUCGGAAAUGGUUGUCGCACAACGGAAUCGACAAUUUCUGCAAGGGUGAAGAAAGAAUCCAUCGAUUCUGUUACGAGGUCCGAAUGAGCAUCAAUAAGCUAGUGGGUGAAACAAUGACUGAGACACCGGUGUUAUGGGCAAGUGAGCUUUUCCAGAGAGAACGCUCAAGAUUUGAGGGUUACGGCUCUCGCACCUUCCCCGGAAUGUCUAUGCCUAGCACUCCUCGGCCCUCAACAACCACAAGCGAGGACACAAAUUCCGCUUCUCACUUCUAUAGUGCCAAUAUGCCUAUGCCUGAUCCCAUGCCUCGUCUUUCACAAGAUACACCAUCAUUGGCUAGCAAGCCCUCUAUCCAAAGCAUAAUCUCCGAUAAAUGGAGGCCUCAGCGUGACUUACCUUCGAUUGACAUGUCCUCUCUCGGUGGUUCGCCUGGUCGUGCUGCUUCGAUAUCGACCGGUGACACCUAUAGUACAUUCUGGUCUGCACCCCAGCGGCACCCUAUGUAUGCCACUAGCGCGUCGAGCGUGUACUCGCGACCACCAUCUAUGUUUAGUGAGACGGCAACCCGCCAGCCCCGUCGUGUCGAACGUAAAACACAGGGGAAGACGGAGUUCAUGGAUGGCUUGAGACAGACACUGACUAGCUUGCUUCUAAGUGAUUUGGGCUCUCCAGUAUGGAGUUGUGGUAGUGAAACUGACGCCUGGUUCACCAAUGCGCUAGGCCAGAAACGCAUUCAGGUAGAAAUGCGCCGACGAGCUGCUGUGCAGAAAUUCUACGUCGAUUAUGAAGAGCGCUCCAAGCACCUUGGUCAGCAACGUGGUUCAUUGAAAGGUCGCCGGAGCAGGUCUCUGGGUAACCUGCGCAUAUCUCAACACAAUGCUCCUCGUGUGGAAGCCUCGUCGCAGCUGCCGCAAGCAUCUUCGGAACCGAAUGGGCAGUCGGACUUUUCAUACAAGGCAGUCUUUCAUCGGCUGAUCGAAGUAUUCUCGCGUCAUGGAAAUCCCUUCGUAAAGCUCAACGCGUUGCGUGACCUGCGUUCCUUGGUGGUUGCAUCGCUCAUUUCGCCACAAUAUGCCGAUUCCCCUGCUACUAUCAGCUCUUCCACCGGAGAAGGUGACAGGAUGCGAAACAGUUCUCGACUCCAUCGAGCCAGCCGCCACAGUUUCUCAGAGGGGCGGGCCAACAACCUACCACAGAUGGACCCAGUGCUACCUUCUUCUGCUCCUCCCGAAUCAGUUACAUGUGGCUCCCGACGGUCUGAUUACUCCACUCCGUCGGAAACACAAAUUGUAGCAGCCUUGCGCGAUCUGAUUCUAGAAGUGAAGCCGAAGACCCUUUUCAGAGACUUGCAGUUUAUCUCAGCGUUCGUCCCAGGAGAUCAGCUAAACAAAACGGACCGCGGGACAGCAUUCCUCCAAUUCGGACUGGCCGCACUAAGUCUCAAAGAAGAGAUCUGCCACAGCAUGGUCGAGAUCGCCGACAGAAUCGUCUUCCAGGAGCUGUCUCGUCGCUAUCCUCCCUUCGCCUCGGACUUCCAAUCUCGCCCUGGCCAUGCUAUCCAAGAUGCAGCAGGAAUGUGGAUCAUCACUGCUAAAGAGGGCAAUCCAGUUGCACAGCGCGAACUUGCAAUCCUUUAUCUAACUCACCCAGAACUUCUCCCACGCGUGACACUCCCUCUGACCCUCCCACGGGAUACCUUUAAGGCGGAGAUGAUGUACCGACGAGACAAAGACUCUAAAUCGGACCCACAGAGUAUGUGCCUGGCGCUGCACUGGAUGCAGCUGUCAGCCAGUGGUGGCGAUACCCUUGCUCGGAAUCGACUCCGUGAGCGUGAGGAGUUCGAUUCCAUUGCAUGA